GUCUUUUCGCUGUUAGCAACGGAAAGAACCUGAGCUAGCUGUAAACCCUAUUUUGAGAUAAUCGAACUUUUUUGUUAGGAUUACAUAACAAAUUGACAAGAGGUGCAACGCACGUAUUUAUUUUGGAACAGUUACUGGAGCGUGUUGUCUUUUUUAAAUUUAAUAUAUAUUUUUUUGUUUUAAUAAGAAUUGUACACAUUGCUAAUUUAGUUAGCAACUGUUAAUCAGCUAGCUAGCUGCUAGGCAUAGCAUCCUCCUCAAGAGGCACGUUGACAUUAGCCUGAUAGCACAUUAGCGAGCUGUCACACAACCACACGCCGUCUCUUAGCCAAGAAAUUGCGGUCUGAAACUGGUCGUUUUAGGACUCUGUCUUUUAUGGGAUCACCAUGUCAAUGAAGGCCGGUGGAAAUCGCAGCAAACCCGGUGGUGGCAACACCGCUGGUGCGACCGCCUCCGGAGCCGGAGGAAGCGGCGGGGGUAGACAGAAUCUGGGCAGGGGAAGACAUAGUGGUAAAGGUCCUAUGGCUGUCAUUUUCAAUGGUGUAUAUGCAAAUAUGAGGAUGGUCCAUGUGUUGACUUCAGUGGUGGGGACCAAAUGUGAGCUCAGAGUUAAAAACGGAGCUAUUUAUGAAGGAGUUUUUAAGACAUAUGGUCCAGAGUGUGACCUGGUGUUGGAUGCUGCUCACAGAAAGAGCCCAGAGCCAAGCACAGGCCCCAGGAAAGAAGAUAUUGUAGAGAGCAUCAUUUUCAAGGCCUCUGAUGUUGUUGUGGUGACCUUUAAAGAUGUGGACUUGAAUUUCGCCAGGAAAGUCUCCUCUGACACAGACAACUUCACAGAUGCUGCUGUGAGCGGGAGAAUCAAUGGUGAGCACAAAGAGAAAGAUUUAGAGCCCUGGGAUGGAGGAGAGACCCACAACUCUGACAGCCUUGAGUCUCUGGACACAGAUGUGUCAAACGGAUGGGAUCCCAACGACAUGUUCAAGUUCAACGAGGAGAAGUAUGGAGUCCUGUCUACUUAUGACAGCAGCUUAUCCACAUAUACGGUCCCCUUAGAGCGUGAUAACUCUGAAGCGUUCCUGAAGAGAGAAGCACGUGCUGCCCAGCUGGCAGAGGAGAUCGAGGCCAGUGCCACAUACAAGGCCCGUGUGGCCCUGGAGAACGAUGAGCGCACUGAUGAGGAAAAAUACACUGCUGUGGUGCGAGGGGAGAGGGAGACUCACGCACUCAGCAGAGAGAACAAGUACAUUCCUCCAGGUCAGAGGAACAGGGAAACAAUGUCAUGGGGGCCAGGACGCCAGAAUUCACCUCGUCUGGGUCAGAGUUCAGCUGGAACCUCCACUCCUCGACAGGGACCUCACGAUUACAGUCCCAGUUCUGGGGCUGACCAGAGGGUGGUUAAUGGAGGUUCAUCCCAUUGGCCCUCACCCUGUCCGUCUCCUUCCUCUCGUCCCCCCUCUCGUUACCAGUCUGGCCCCUCUUCCCUGCCUCCUCGGGCGACCACGCCCACCAGACCACCCUCCAGACCCCCUUCUCGACCUUCCAGGCCUCCCUCUCAUUCAUCUCAUCCCUCCUAUCCUUCCUCUUCAUCCUCCUUUUCUCACCAUGGGCCCACGUCGCCAGCCUCCACUCUGCCCAAACGCAUGUCUUCAGAAGGUCCUCCCAGGAUGUCUCCAAAAUCUCAGCGGACACCUCGUUCCCACAGAGUACCACCUUCUCGAAUCAGUGGCAUUCCCCCUGGAGUGGACUUGAUUUCCCACAGUGCACCUGGAGAGGUUUCAGCAACUCCACCAACCAGGAGUAGCUCUUCUGGAGGGACUUGGUCCUCAGUUGUCAGUGGAGCUCACAGACCUCGCUCACCCCGACAGAACAAUGUGGGAGGAGCAUCCCCUGGCUCCUCCUCUCUCUCUUCACCCCAGACAGGAACAGCUCCAACUGAAACCAUGGCAACACUGACAUCAGCUUCUUCCCCUACUGCUGCUAGUCCUGCCCCCAACAUGAUCACCUCUCCAUCAGGGGAUGCUAAGGAGUGUCGUGUCCAAGAGACAAGGCAGACAUCGCCAUCAGCAAAUAAGGAGAACGUGAAGCCUUUGGAUAGCUCCCCUAGUAUUUCUAGACCAGUCUGUAAAGGACCCCCUUCAAUGGCACCAGACCACAGAAAACAAAUAGAUAAUUUGAAGAAAUUUAGUGUAGAUUUUAGAUUGCAGUCUAGUUCAAAUCCAGAACCAGCCUUUGACCAGAUGAUGACCAAGCCUGUCAGAGAUCCAGCAGAAAAGCCUAAAGACCUUCCCCUGGACAAGUCAACCACAGUGGGACGGGACAGUAGUGAAAAUGGUGUUGUAGUCAUUGCUGCUGGCACCCCUGGAGCUGCUCCUGCUUCAUCCACUACCACUGCAAAUACCAGUAAGCCUGGCAGCCCCGCUGCCCUGUCGCCUUCUCCUUCAGCACCGGACCAGAAGAGGGCGGGAAUGGAUGUGACAUCACAAGGAGUUCAAACAACAGCCACGUCUACAUUCAGUGGGCCCAAGCAUGAAGAGAAGGAGGAGAAAAAGGAGGCUGUUCAAGAUCAAGUUAGAAAAUCAACCCUGAACCCAAAUGCUAAUGAGUUCAAACCCAGGUUUAACACACAGCCCAAACCAGCCAACACCCCAACGCCUCCCCGCCCUCAGGGCCAGCCCAGCCCCUCCAUUGUGGUCCAGCAGCCUCCGGCUGUUUAUGGUCAGACAGUCUGCUUCCCUCAGAUGUAUCCACUCACACCAGUCAGCCCCGGAGUCCAGAAAAGCAUAAUAUGGAAGUCUCCAACCAUGUACCAGGUGCCGAUGCCUCAUAUGACAGUCAGCCAGUCUAAACCCUACAGACCAGGUAAAGUACCCAACAUGCCCCAGCAGAGGUCAGACCAGCACCACCCGACUGGUACACCUACCAUGAUGCACCCAGCAACAGCAGCAGGGCCACCUAUUGUAGCAACGAACCCCGCCUACUCUGCACAGUACUUUACCUGCAGCCCGCAACAGUUCACUAGUCAGCCGCUUGUCCAGCAGAUGCCACACUACCAAUCACAAUUAUGUGUCAUUCAGCCACAGCACGUGUUCAGUCCAGUGAUGCAGGGCAGUCCCAGGAUGAUGGCGCCUCCUACGCAUGGCCAGCCUAGCCUUGUCUCCUCCUCAACUACACAGUACCCAGAGCAGACCCACACCAUGUAUGGGCCAAUGCCUCAGCAGUACCCCCACCCUAGUGCUACCUUACACCCUCACCCACAGCACCCUCAGCCCUCUGCUACUCCUACAGGCCAAGCCCAGCAAAGUGGUCCUCCACAGCAUGGAGGACCCCCCAGCCACCCCGCUGCCAGCCCAGUACAGCACCCUCAGCACCCACAGGCAGCAGCAGCAGCAGCAGCAGCAGCUCAGGCCCUGCACCUGGCCAACCAGCCCCCACAGCAGCAGAUGUACUCGGCCUUAGCUCCCACGCCCCCCUCCAUGACACCUGGGCCAAACCCACAGUCUCCACAGGCAUCAUUCCCCUCUGCUCAGCAGACUGUCUACAUCCACCCGCAGCAGGUGCAGCACGGCUACAACCCCAACCACAUGGCACACGUGCAGCAGGCACAUAUGCAGUCCGGUAUAGUGCCAUCUCACCACCCGGCACCCACCCACCCCCCUAUGAUGCUGAUGGCUACCCAGGGUCCUCCAGGGGGUCCACAGCCUCCUAUGCCUCAGUCUGCCCUCAACCACAUCCCUGUUUCCUCCACAACACAUUUCUCCUACUUGGCACAUCCACAAGUUCAGCUACUAACACUGGGCAGCCAUCAGAAUAACAGCUUUGUGCAGCCUCAUCAUCAGCAGCAGCUGUAGAUAGGGGGCGCCAGCAAGUCGAGGGACCCGCUCUGCAUCAUUUUUCUCAACCAGAGCCUUCAUAACCAGGCGAUGAAGAGAAUGAGAGCCUUCCCUUUCCUCUCUUUCCUCAUCCUCACCAGACAUGCUUCACAUCAGCUUUUCUCUUCCCUCCCUCCUCCCCUCCCAGACUAGGCAAUAAGAGAAUGUUAACAGGUUGAUGCAGUGGCAUGUUUUAACAAGAUAGUUUUUACGGACUAUUCAAACAUGUACACACACACACAGACACACAAGCAACUACACACACACACACACACACAGAAUUUAAAGGGUCCCAGAUUGCAACUUAAGUCAGCUUGCCAAGUAAGACGUGAAAGAGAGAGUAAUUAAUCGGUGACGGUGAAGACGAUUCAACUGGAACUUGUAUUUCAUCUGCACCUUGUUAUAUAAACAAAAAAAUCUUCCGACUUUAAGACAGUAUUAAUCCUACUGUUUUACUGCUGCUGCUAUGUGCUGCGUUUGUUUCCAGACUACGUGACAAGUUUCUAACCAAACUAAAAACAAAACACAACCAGACUUCACUUCCUGUGAAACAAACUUGUUUUGGCAGCCAAGAGGACAGGAGAAAAGUUAUUUAUGAAAUUAUAUUGGCUGAGGUGAUCGGAUCCCACUUCUCACCUGACCCUUAUGUAACGUUUAAGUUAACUUUUACUUUGUAGAUAAUAUAAAUAAUUUAAAAAAUGAGCAAAAAAAUUUAAAAACAAUAAAAAAGUUUUAAAAACUG